AUGCACACCCUCAGCGCCACCGCCUCAUCAUCCUUGUCUCUCCCCGCGGAGAACUACAUCUACACCAUCACCGCCGCAUCGCCAGGAUCAUCCUUCGCGGCCAUUUCUUCGGAUGACUCGCUGCGCGUGUUCGAUGCAGCAAAUAUCCAGCGUGUCUCUGUUGUUGCAACAAAAACUCAUGUUGAUGGGGUGACUGCGUUGGAGCCGUAUGACCAGGGCCAGGGUCAGCAGUUGUUGGUUACGGGUGGGAGAGAUGGGAAGGCGAAGGUAUGGGAUUUGAGAAGUGGGAAGGGGAAUGCGGUUGUUGAGAUGGACACUGACAAACCUGUGUUGUCGGUGGCGUGCAACGCUGACAUUAAUACCGUCGUUGCUGGAACGGAGUUGGCUUCUCACCAGGCGGUUGUAGCGUUCUGGGAUAUCAGAUCACCGAAUGCCCUUCGACUUCAAUAUGUCGAGAGCCACAAUGACGACGUCACUGAGCUCCAAUUUCACCCAACCCGAAGCAACCUCUUCCUCUCCGGAAGCACAGACGGUCUCGUCAACGUCUACGACACAACCAUCGCAGACGAAGACGACGCUCUCGUCCAAGUGAUCAACCACGGCUCCGUCCACCAUGCCGGAUUCCUCAACGAGAAGGCCAUAUACGCCUUGAGCCACGAUGAGGUCUUCUCCGUUCACCCCGCUACGAACCCGGAUGAGCAGGCCCAGGAUCCGGAACCUGUGCAGUUUGGGGACGUCAGAGAGCCUCUAGGCUGCGAGUAUGUUGCGCAACUGUGUAUGGGUAGUCAGGGACAGCCGCAUCUUGCGGUUGGGAAUAAGGCUGAAAACCGCCUCGAUCUCAUCCCCCUCAGCUCUGAUCCAUGGCAUUUCGACCAGAACAACCUCUGGCGUCUCCCAGGUGCACAUAGCGAGGAGGUUGUCCGCUCCGUCUAUCUGGACGAACAGACACAAACCGUCUUCACAGGCGGCGAAGACGGCCUCGUGCGCGCUUGGAAGCCCACUGAUGGCCAGGGAGUGCAGAGUUCUGGAUCCUCUCUUAAAACAUCACGACCAAAGGAGAAGGGUAAGACGAAGGAGAGGUUUAAGCCGUAUUAG